AGAAGCAUGGACAAUAAGAGAAUAGCGUAUAUCCGUUAGGGUUACUUAAACGUCAUAACAGAGAGGAGGUCAGUUAGUAUAGAAAGUUUGAACGGUAUAGAAGUCGUGUAAUGUAAAAAAAAAGAUUUCAAAAUGAACAAACAAAUUCAAAAUUAAAAUGAAUUUUCAUUGAAAGGUAAAAUCAAAAGAUAUACCUUAUUGUUAAUCGACUUGAUUGUGUUUCAUCGUUAUUUUUUUAAUUAGUUAGUUAGGUAGAUUAAUUAAAGUAAACUAAAGAACUAAAAUAAUACGUUCGAAUCGUUAACCGAGUAUCCGUAAAUGGGAGUAUAAGUAGGUUUAAUUGAAAACCUAGGAAGAGCAGGACGAGGACGUUGCAAUAGUUGAACGAAUUCGGUGUACGAUAGUGGUGGUGGUGCUCUGGUGCACUCGUGUAUUUGCGCUGAACGCAAGGACGGUAAAGAGGAUAAAGAGGAUAAAGAGGAUUACUGGUACGAUCGAAUAAAGAGGAGAAAAGCAACCGCAUCUAGCUAUGGGAAAGGGUAUGCUGUCAGUAUGCGGGGAAAAGCAGCAGGUGGUUUUGUUAUUCCUGAUCGAAAUCAUUUUGAUCGUCCUGAUCGGAACUUUGACGACUUACGGACCUGAAGCUAACGCUAAUCUUCUGAAAAAUCUUAAGGUAGACGACAAUGGGAACAACGAACACGACAGGAAACCGCAGACCGAUCCAUUACGUAUUUAUCCGAUGUAUCAAGAUGUUCACGUGAUGAUCUGGAUCGGAUUUGGAUACCUGAUGACAUUCCUCAAGAGAUAUGGUCAAAGUGCUAUCGGAUUGACCUUUUUGAUCAGUGCUGUCCUCGUACAAGUCGCUUUGAUCUGCGAAGGGGUCUUGCAUUUCGACAAAAACAACAAGGCUCAUUUAUCUUUGGCCAGUCUACUCAGUGCCGACGUUGCUGUCGCAGCUCCAUUGAUAUCCAUGGGAGCUCUUCUUGGUAAGACGACCUAUAUGCAGCUCGUAUUUAUGGGUAUCGUCGAACUGAUCGUGUACACCAUCAACAAGUACAUAGGCGAGCAUCAUCUUAUGGCCGUCGAUGCCGGUGACAGCAUGUACGUUCAUGCCUUUGGUGCAUAUUUCGGAUUGGCCGUCAGUUUCGUCUUCGGUAGGAAGGAUAAACCAAAGGAACAUCAUCUCGAGGGACCCUCAUAUCAGUCGGAUAUAUUUGCAAUGAUCGGUACGGUUUUCCUCUGGCUGUUUUGGCCAUCGUUCAACAGUGCAUCCCUCGAUGGGGAUAGCCAACAGAGGGCUAUAAUAAACACUCUCCUCUCGAUCUCGGGAAGUUGCGUGAUCGCCUUCGCCACGUCCGCUCUAAUUUCAAAGGAUAACAAAUUCAACAUGGUCCACGUACAAAACUCUACUCUUGCUGGUGGUGUUGCCAUCGGCACUGCCGCAGGUAUGAUGUGUAAACCAAUAGGAGCACUGAUCAUUGGUUCUUUGGCCGGUUUACUCAGUGUCCUCGGAUACAAAUAUCUAACGCCAUUUAUACAGAAACGGCUAGGUAUCCACGAUACUUGCGGGGUUCACAAUUUGCACGGAAUGCCAGGAGUGCUCGCUGGAAUUUUCGGUGCGAUCAUGGCAGCACUUGCUACACAAAAUUCUUACGAUUAUUCUCUUUACGAGAUUUUCCCAGCGAGGGCGCCUAGUUUAGAAAAAUUAAGCCCCGAGAUGAGAAACGAUUAUGGUAUUUUACCUGGUAACGAUAGAACGGCGUUACAACAAGCAGGCUACCAAAUACUUGCGUUGACUGUUACCUUACUAAUGGCUACCAUUUCCGGCGUAAUAACAGGAUUAAUUCUGCGUACAUCUGUUUGCGGAUCUGUCGCGGAGGAAGACAAAUUCGACGACGCUGUUCAUUGGGAAUUAGAAGAAGAGGAAGGCUUGCAUGAAAUUUCCAAAAUUAAAGAAAGAAAUAAUCAAGCCAACGAUCAAUUACCAAUGGGUACUAUUUGAAAAAACAAAGUUUCUCUUAUUUCUUAUCAAAUCUUAUUCAAAAAUUCACUUUUAUUAUUGUUGUUAGAUUAAAUGAUACUAUUGUGAAAAUAUUCUCUUUUUAAUUACAACCAUACAUAUUUGAUAAUAAUUUUAAUAAUUGUUCGUAAUAAAACAUAAAACUUCUCUAUGAAAAUGUAAAAUAAUUUAUGAAUAAGUUCGACCAUUGAAACAAAUAUAAUUAUUGUGACAAAAGUUUUGAAGAAAGAUAGUGAAAUAAGAACAAAUCUUUUUAGAUGCUUUUAAAUAAAUCUCAUUAAAAUAUCAA